AUGAUCAGAGCUGUGCCAGGUAGGCGAGUGGCUGCCGAAGCUACACUGCGCUCGGCCCAGCAGCAGUCUGCGGCUGCCACGCGGAAGGUGGACAAGCUGCCAAUACCAGAGAUUCUGAAGCAGAGUCUCUAUGGCAUGGGUGUGGUUAAACUCUUCGAAAUUCAGUCGCGUGCCUUUGAUCCCAUCCUUCGGGGCAGGAGCUUCGUGGGCCGAUCGAAGACCGGGACCGGCAAGACGGUGGCUUACUUGCUGCCGCUGCUCGAAAGAAUGAGACAUGAGAAGAUGACUCUGCCUCACUCGUUGCUGGUUCUGGUGCCCACCCGCGAGCUCUGCAAGCAGGUUGGGGCCGUGUUGCUCUCGCUCUCCGUACAGGUGGACGUGGCACUGGUGUUUGGCGGCGAGACUUUGGAUUCGCAGGAGCAGCUGGUUCGGUUGGGUGCCUUGGCGGUCGUCGCCACGCCUGGGCGCUGCGCACGGCUUGUUGAAAGAGGAGCCCUGAAAACGGAGAACGUCCGAGCGCUUGUGAUUGACGAGGCAGACGCCAUGUUCGGUCCGGAAUUUGUGGGCCGAGUGGAGCGUGUGCUGAACGCCGUUGCCAAGCCAGGGAUGCAGCACGUCCUGUUUUCUGCUUCUUUACCAGAUGAUGUCUCAACGCUCAUCCGCCAGCACUUUCCAGACCACGAGCUCGUGGACCUGGUAGAUCGGCGUGGGCCAAAGGGCGAUGCUGUUGUGACCACGGUUGACCACCGUCUGUGCAAAGUACCAGACAAAAGGCAGACAGCCCGCGCACGCGUCUUGAUGCACCUUCUGAACGAGAAGAUGGACAUGCUUGGCGGCCGCUGCAUCGUGUUUGUGGACACUGCCUCCCAGGCAUCGGCGCUGCUGGCACAUCCUGCUAUGGAGCUCCGAGCACGGAGCCUACAUGGAAACUCUGCGGCCGAGGAGCGGGACUCUGUGCUGACGGGCUUCGCGAACAAGCAGUUUGAUGUUCUUGUCACCACAGACGUGGUCGCUCGCGGGGUAGACUUUGCAGACGUCAACCUGGUGUUGCAGCUCCACCCCCCAAAGGAUGCCGCGCAGUACGUGCACCGAUCUGGGCGAACGGGCCGCGCUGGACGUGGGGGAACCUGCAUCACUCUGUACGACUCGACGGAGAGAAGAUACGUGCAGAGAAUCCGCCAAGUGACCCAGCAUGAGUUCUCGAUGAUCGCAGCUCCAGGGCCGCUGGACGUUCACCACGCAGCUGUGAGCCGCCUUCUGGAGCAGCUCUUCGGUAUUCAGCCAGAGGAGUACGAUCCGCUGCUGAAGGACGCCGAGGCCUUGCUCGAUGAGAACGGCCCCGGGAUCCUUGCAGCAGCCAUGGCAGUCUUGGAUAGCCGCCACGCAGACCUCCAGCAGGCCCUCCGUGAUCGUCCCUCGAUCCUUAGUGGCCGCAGUGGCUUUGUUUGCUUGUUGGCUAACGAUCCUGAGCACUUGGUGGCGAGCACCGACGGUGACAUCCAGCGAAUCGUUGGGUCCAUGUUGCCCCAGCUAGCAAAGGUGGGCCGCGUGGCUCGCGUAGAAGGCGGCUGGGCAGUAGACGUGGAACACCGCCAUGCCAGUGGCCUCAUCGAGGCUCUUCGUUCUGGCACUGUCCAAGCGCCGUUUGAGAUCUCCGUGGCGCGGCGCAUGCCGCGGGUGGCCUGGGAAUGCUGCUUAAAGAGGUUGAAGAUCCAUCGUGACUUCUAG